AUGACUUCACCAAGUCUUGAUCAGGAUAUUACUCCUGUCCCUCGUUCUCGUGAGGAGAACCAGGAGAGAGCCUUUAUCGCUGCUUCACGGCGAAAAGAUCGUAGCUUAGAUGCACGGCUGGAAUCUGCCAACAGAGCCUCCUUGUUGCACAAGAAGCGCACAGGCAAGGCUUUCCAUAUCACCAAGGAUAUUGUUGAGAAGGAGGCCAUGUAUGAAGAAGUGGACGAGCGAUAUCAGGAGAAGCGCAUACGCAUGCUCCAGGCACAAAACAUGCAGAUUGAAGAACAAUUCCAUCGUCAUCUCCUAGCAGCAUUUGCCGCACGAGCAAACUCAACACCAUCUGCAUCCUCGAUUGCAAAUCGCAGAGCAAGUGGAACACCCCGUAUGCCGGUGGAUUCGCACUCAAAUUCUAAUAAGAUGAGUCUGGACUUGACAAAUCUUCGUUCGCCAUUCCAACAGGGCAUGCAAUCUAGCACUAUGGCCAGUCCCAUUACCACUGGAGAAAGCUACGCUCUAUCACCUGCGACAACGUUUGAUUCCAGCCCUCAUUCCUACGUGAACUGUAUCGAGGCCGAUACUUCCUCAUACGGCAAUAAUAUGAUGAGCUCUGGGUCCACUCAGGGCCAAAUCCCAGCAUAUGUGACCUCCCAGACACCAGGCUCAGUUUGGAACCAGCAGCAGAUGGGUCAACCGUCCUGGGCCGCUAUGCAACAGCACGUCCCCACCCCCACCCAGACCCCGACAGAAAGUCAGGCAGUGCAUAUGUGGCAGCAGCAGAUGAUGCAACAGGCCCAGAUGCCCACAGACACUGCAGCGGCUAUCCAGAUGCGGCAGUUCAGAGACCGACUGGCUUCUGCCCCGGAACUCCCUCUCCAACACAUCCCCACACCUAUGCCCACCGCAUCUAUAUCCGGCCCCAGCUCACACUACGGUCACAGUCGCGGACUCUCUCAGCCAAGCAACCACUAUCCCCAUUUGAACCUGCUCACCCAGCCUACCAACCUUGGACAGAUGGUCAAUUCCAGUAACGGCUCUGGCGUCGGGCCGUUCUACGCUGAAACCCACUCUAGCCCCAGUUUCUGCCCGACCCCUAACACACCCCUGUCGCCCCGUAAUAUCGGCAUACAAGGGAUGCCUCAACCCAAGGAGGAAGCUGAAGGUUUAAUGGUCUCACACGAGGGACUGGACCCGGACUUUAAUGAGUUCAGUCAGUUCGCGUUGGGACUGGACAGUUCACCACAGGAGCGUGAUAACUACGGGUUUGAAGAAUUUGUUGCCCUCGACGACUUUGGCACGGUCUCUUGCUAA